AUGGAAGAUUGGAAGAAAAUAGAUCUGUUCAAAGACGAAGAAGAGGGAUUUGCUAUUGAAGGUAAUGAACUCGUGGAGGAUGAUACUUUCAACAGAUCCUUGGUGGGGAAGAUCUGGACAACGAAUUCCUUCAAUGCUCGCAUCUUCAAACAAGUUAUUGUUCAAGCAUGGAGGCUAAAGAAUCCAGUAGAGGUACAAGAACUCAACAAAAAUUUGUUCCUUUUUAAGUUCACCACUAAAAGAGACGCUGAAGGAGUGUUGAAGAAUGGCCCGUGGAGCUUCGACCGGAAUCUCGUCAUUUUGGAAAGGAUCUCAGGAGAGGAACAACCCUCAAAAUUGGAAAUGUUCAAUGGAGUUUUUUGGGCUAGAGUUUAUGAUCUUCCUCUCAAACUCAGAACUGAUGUUGUUGCUGUGAAACUUGGGGAUACUAUGGGAAAGUUUGUAGAAGUGGACAACAAUGAAGGAAAUCGGAUGGGUAAGUGUCUUAGAAUCAAAACCACAGUUGAUCUACGCAAACCAUUGAAGAGGGGGACUGUCAUUACUUACCAAGGUAAAAGCUUACGAGUUUUUUUCAAAUACGAAAGACUUCCAACAUUUUGUUAUGCCUGUGGAAAAAUUGGUCAUCAGAUCAAAGAUUGUGAGACUCUAGAGGGGAACACAGAUACUGGCUUUGAUGAGAUAGAAGAGAAGGAUUGCCCCUUUGGACCAUGGCUUAGAGCCUCUCCCCUUCCCAAAUUCUCAGGGGAUUUCAAGAAAGAAUUUGCCUCAGGAUCUUGCUCUCGUAGUUUGUUCACAGAUUUUAGUAAUAGUAAAGAUGUGGAAAAGGAAAGUGCUAUGAAAGAUGUGGAGGAUAACCAAUCUACCGGAAGGGUGCAGGCAGGGGGUGAUAUAGGAGUUCUUGGUGAAAAUGGGGUUGGAGAGAAAGAUCAAAGUGAAGUGGAAAGCGUUGCAGAGUCUCUUGGAAAUGUGGCAAUCUCUAAACUGGCACUAUGUGGUAUUGACAAGGAGUCGAACACAAAACUGAAAGUCAAGAGUAAGAACUCUAGCAAACCAAACCGCAAGUGGGUGAGAAGCAAAGGGACAAGAAAGAGUCCUUCAAAGGAUUUGCUGAUUGCUGAAUUGGGGAAGAGGCAACUAGUGGAAGUAUCUAUUUCGGAGGAGGUGCCCUUGGAGGUGUGCAGAAUGGGAAAGAAAUUGAAGUCCAAAGGAGUAUCUAUCAAUCUACAAAAACCAGAGGGGGUGUUGGAUGACCAACACCACCCUACUCAAUGA